GAAGAAUCUUUCCUUUUUGUGGGUUAAAGAGUUGUUUUGGGAGCAGUCUCUGUUUGCACACUUUGUUAAAAAUGGAUCAAGAUCUCAAAAAAGAUACUCAUGCUGAAGUUUAUCUCAUUGUGAAGGCUGACUGAUGGCUUGGAUUGAAGCAAGAUACUUUGCCCAGAUGUUUCCUGUUUCAGCUCAUGUCUCGCUUUCCAGUGAAGUGUUUUUGUCCAUUUGUGGAAAAUGUGACCUACUGCAGGUGAAGUGACAGGAGCCAUACUGUUUGGAUACUGAUUGUGACCAUGGCAUGUUCUGAGAACUGUUUGCCAGUGCGCCGCUGGCUCACCUUUGCUACUGGUCUGGUGGAGUGCCUGUGCUUUGCAGGAGCUGUGUUUGGAUGGGCCUCGCUUGUUUUUGUCCUGAAGUCAGAGGGAUACUUCAGCUCACUGUGUGUCAACACCACAGGAGUCAAUGGAACACAGGCCCUGGAUUGCCGUGGACAGGAUGAGCAGUUUUCACUUGUCUUCACCAUUGCCUCCUUUAUGAACAACUUUCUGACACUACCCAAUGGUUUUCUGUUUGACCGGUUUGGGACCACAGUGGCUCGUCUCUUUGGGAUAUUUCUUUACACCAUGGGUACAUUAAUGGUGGCCUUCUCAACUGCGGCCUUCUCCAACCUGCUGUUCCCCGCACUGUCUCUCCUGGCAGUGGGUGGCAUCUUGUUCCUGAUCACCAACAUGCAGGUGGGAAACCUGUUUGGUGCACAUCGCUCCACAGUCAUCACUCUCUAUAACGGGGCCUUCGACUCUUCCUCUGCCCUCUUCCUCGUAAUCAAGUUGUUGCAUGAGGCCGGCGUCUCCCUCUACGCCUCCUUUCUCUUUUUAUCCACCUGCAGUGUCAUUCAUCUGCUCAGGACUUUCUUCCUGCUGCCACGAAAAUUCAUUCCCUACCCUCUACCUGAACACUACACAUAUGGGAUAAACUGUGGUAAAUCAAAUACUCUGAGGUUGGAGCAGGCAACAGAAAAUGACAGCACACAAAGGUCCAUAGAGGAAACACCACUUGACAUGAACAGCCCUGUGAAACAAGAGAAGAGUUUCCGAGAAUGUUUGUUGUCCAGGUUCUUUGUUUGGCACCUGCUUUGGUUGUCAGUGAUGCAGCUCAGACAUUACCUGUUCAUCGGCACCCUCAACCCCAUGUUACAGCGACUGAGUGCAGGGGAGCCUUCACUGGUGAGCAAAUACAUUAACGCCUUUGCGAUAACUCAGCUGUGUGGGGUGCUGUGUGCUCCAUGGAACGGCCUCAUCAUGGAUCGACACAAGGGAAAACCACGGGCCACAGGAGAGAGUGAAUAUGAGGCAGACCUCCGGGCUUCAGUGCUUUCUCUCUUCCUGACGGCUCUGCAGUGUGUGUUGUUCUCAGUUUGUGCCACCAUCCCUAGCCUUCCUCUUCAGUACUUGACCUUCAUCCUGCAGGUUCUCAACCGCUCGUUUCUCUACGGCGGCAACGCAGCCUUCAUCAGUAUAGCUUUCCCCUCAUGCCACUUUGGGAAGCUGUACGGUCUGGCCAUGGCUCUGUCUGCAGUGUUUUCUGUGUUGCAGUAUCCCUGCUUCACUCUGGUCAAAGAUGUUCUGGAUGGAGACCCUUUUUAUGUGAAUAUCGGCCUGACCCUGCUCAGCCUGGUGGCCUUCAUCCACCCCCUCUCCGUCUACCUGCACUGUCGGAAACGAGCAUCUCAGUGGUCCAAAAGCAAAGCCGUCACUGCCUCCUCGUAAAUCCACAGUCUGUACAAUGAACCCACACUUAAACACCUAAAGUCACCAGUGACCGUUGUCUGUGUGAGUAUUUCAGACUGUAUUUGUGGCAUAGUGUGGUUACUUCACUGCUGUUCAGUUCAGUUACAAUCCAACAGGUGGUGCUAAAGUCCUUUUUGAAAACCCAGUACUAGCUUUUCACUUUUUUAAAGCCAUGAUGGCUGCAUAUUAUGUUAUUGUCCAUUAAUUAGUUGGUGUAUUGUUACAGGCCACAAAAUAAAAAAGCAUAAUUUCAUAAUAUGAACAUAUUGUUGUUAUUAGAUAGUACUGAUACAAUUAUUAUAACAUAAAAGCUGAUUUUAUACAAAUAAAUGUUUUAUGUUCCAAUAUAUAUUUUGUUAUAAUGUGAAAGACUCACAUUAUAACAAGAUAAACAGCACAUUGGUUUCAACCAUAAAAGGUUCUUGUUUUAAUGUGAUAACAUAAAAAUAUUAAAAAUAAAUAAUAAAUAAAUAAUAAAUAAAAAUUAUCUUUUGUGACAUGAAAAUAUUAUGUUGUGUUAUAACACAAAAAAGACAACACUGAACUUUUACUCAUCCAUUUCUUUUCCUAGUCUGGCAGCAUAUCACUUCCAUAGAUUCUUAUGUUGCUUUUUCAACAUAUCUUAUCAAUAUUGUAAAUUUUAUCGAUAUUUCAUUUGCAUUUUUUAUGUUCUAGAUAAAACUAUUAAUUGUGCCAGAGUUGUGGAAAGUGCCGAGAUUAUGCACUUUAUUGUAAAAGACAGAACUCUUCCUGAAGUGCUGUUUAUAUCAGUAUGGACCUCUUUGAAAUGUUGCUACCUGUAA